CUGAGUGAAGUUUGUUGUUAGCAGUGAUUUCGGUUAUCCUCAAAAACAGGCUCGGUGUGAGCUCAGGAGCAGGUUAGCCCUCACAGAGGAUGUUAAUGAGUUAACGGUGAGUCAUGAAGAUGAAGAAACGAGUCAGUUGAUGACGCUGGGGCGGUGAUUUCCUUUAUUUCGCAGGUCAGUCAGUUAACUUCGUUGUUUUGGAGGAACUUUGACAUGUAGCUGCUCACACCGCGGGAUGCGCACUUCACAUUCAGCUCUCCCUGCGCUCUGUGAAACUCUGUGAAGGGUAUUUAUUGUUUUUUUUAAACGCGAGAUUUAGUUUUCCUGUGGCUGAAAAUGUUGGAGAAGCUGUCACGUUACUUCCCCACGGAGGGUGAACUUUUCCACGUGAAGAGUCGGUGGACGUCUGCGGCGGUUGCAGUCGUCCUCCUGGGGUUGUUUGCCUCGUCUUGCUGGGCAGAGGAAGCAUCCUGUCACGGAGCCUACGACCUCUACUUUGUUCUGGACAAGUCUGGAAGUGUCGCUGGUGACUGGGUCGAGAUUUACUCGUUUGUGAAGAACCUCACCGACAGAUUUGUGAGCCCCAGAAUGAGAGUGUCGUUCAUCGUCUUCUCAGCCAAAGCACAAGUCCUGCUGCCUCUGACUGGAGACAGAUACCAGAUAGAAGAGGGGCUGAAGCGCCUGCGGGAAGUCAAACCAGCAGGAGAAACAUACAUGCACGAGGGAAUAAAAGAGGCCUCAGCGCAGAUACAGACACAACCCAGCAAGUCCUCCAGCAUCAUCCUGGCUCUGACGGACGGGAAACUUGAAGUUUACGUUCACGAGCUCACAGUGAAAGAGGCUGAUGAGGCGAGGAAAUACGGUGCCCGUGUUUACUGUGUGGGUAUCAAGGACUUCGACGAGCAGCAGCUUGCUGAUAUUGCGGACACCAAGGACCAAGUGUUUCCUGUCAAAGAUGGCUUCCACGCACUCAAAGGCAUUGUCAAUUCUAUAUUAAAGCGAUCGUGCACAGAGAUCCUGAGUGUGGAGCCCUCCAGUGUCUGUGUGAACGAGUCCUUCGACAUCGUCCUCAGAGGGAACGGCUUCACCCUCGGCCGCAGCAAUGAAGGCGUCGUCUGCAGCUUCAUUGUCGACCAGCAAACCUUCAAUCACAAGCCGAGCACUGUGCGCAGUGAUUAUCUGCUGUGUCCUGCACCGGUGCUCUACGAAGUGGGACAGACUAUGGAUGUUCUCAUCAGCCUAAACCACGGCAAGUCCUUCAUCUCCAGCGCCUACACCAUCACCGCCACCACAUGUUCAGAUGGUCUGGUGGUGUUGAUAGUCAUCCUGGUGCUGCUGGUCCUCGUAGCUCUGGCCCUCAUGUGGUGGUUCUGGCCUCUCUGCUGCACACUGGUCAUCAAAGACCCACCACCACCUCCUCCACCUUCCCGUCCUCCUCAACCUGAGCCAGAGCCGCUGCCCAAGAAGAAGUGGCCGACUGUGGAUGCUUCCUACUACGGAGGAAGAGGAGCUGGAGGGAUCAAACGCAUGGAGGUGCGUUGGGGCGAGAAGGGCUCGACCGAGGAGGGGGCCAGGCUGGAGAAAGCCAAGAACGCCGUAGUGUCCAUACCAGAGGAUGUGGAUGAACCAAUGAUCAAACGUCCAAGCCCAAAACCUGCCCCUGCCUACCAUCACAAUGAGAACAAAUGGUACACUCCCAUCAAGGGUCGUCUUGACGCUCUGUGGGCUCUACUGAGGCGGCAGUACGACAGGGUUUCACUCAUGCGACCCACAAAUGCAGACCAGGGUCGGUGUAUUAAUUUCAGCCGUGUGCCGCAUCAGUAGAAGAGAAGAACUACUGUGUGAAAACCAACAUGUGCUGAUCGCUGUGGACACCAGAAGAAUUUCAGGUUUUUUGUUUUUUGUUUGGAAGAUCUUUAGUCCUGCAGCUGAAACCACUAUCUGUUCACUUUGCUCUACUCUGUGCACAAAGUUUCCUUCCUGGUUUUCUGCUCUUUAAACCUCUGCAGCACACAAGGUGAAAUGUUAAUACUGAUUUUUGUUCAUUAAGUUAUUUACUACCUUUUUCUGCUACCAAAUAUUUUUAUAAAUUAAGAGGAAAAAUAAAGAAACAAGCACAAGGCGCCCCUGAACUCAGCACUCAGACUCGGUUAGCUUUUCGUGCGCACCAAAGGCUUAACAUAUUCUGACCAUAUUGUGCCUUCUGUGAAAAACCUAAUUUCAUGGACACAGACGGAAGCUAUCUAAAGAAAAAAAAAAACUGGAGAAAGGGGCUGUUUGCCUUUGGCGUGGAAGUCGGAAUAAUCCCAGUGGGCCUCACAAGUGCAGAAGUCCGUUGCCUUUUGGCAAUGUCUCAUCACGAAUCCUCUCCAACUUCAGCAGUGCUGGAUGCCUGGCGGCUGCCCUUUGACUGGCUGAUCUUGUCAUUUUAACACUGAGAAGUGCACACGCAUGACAAAUUGUAGACAGGAUGCCCCAAGGUAUUGGAACGCACCAAGACUUUGCCCUGUAGUUUUUCGUUGUUUUUUUUUUUUUUUUU